GGUGUGGGUUACGCCGAGAUCACAGCUACGAGUGCCUGGGGGUGGGAGCAGAAGGAGAAAGGGCGUCUGAUGCCAGCUGCCAACAUGACAGAAGCGCUGCGGCUCCCGGCGCUGCGGGUCCCCGAGCAGCAGGUGCUGGAGGGCGGCUGCGCCUGGUCCAGCUCCUCCACCCCGACCCUGCGCAGGAGGCGCUUCAAGAUGAGGAGGAUGAAGAACGUGCAGGAGCAGAGCCUGGAGGCCGGCGGGUUCCAGGAGUCUCCCUCCUCCAGCAAGGAAUACCUGCAGCUCCCGUCCAUUGAGAUCACCCCCUCCAGUGACGAGGACACCCCCUGGUCCAACUGCUCCACUCCCAGUGCCUCCCCGCGCCGCAAGCGCUUCCUCCUUCGGAAGUGGCUGCGCGUCCGAGAGAAGAAGGAGUGCAGUGAGAGCAGCAGCCAGCAGAGCAGCCAGCAGAGCAGCCACGACGAUGACUCUGCCCGCUUCCUGAGCCCCUCCAUGCCUGAGGACAGUACCGCCAGUAACUCCAACCGCAGCACGCCCGCCUGCUCGCCGAUCCUGCGCAAACGCUCGCGCUCACCCACGCCGCAGGACGCCCCGGGGGACGCCAUGGUGGAGAAGGGCUCCGACCACUCCUCGGACAAGUCCCCGUCCACGCCGGAGCAGGGCGUCCAGCGGAGCUGCUCCUCCCAGUCCGGCCGCAGCGGGGCCAAGAACUCCAAGUCACACAAGCGCCUCUCCAAAAAAAGCCAGAGUUGGUAUAAUCAUGAGAGACAGUACAUCCGGAGAGUGUUGAGCCCCACGUACAAGCAGCGGAACGAGGAUUUCAGGAAACUCUUCAAGCAGCUCCCGGACACGGAGCGCCUCAUCGUAGAUUACUCAUGUGCUCUCCAGCGAGACAUUCUCCUGCAGGGCCGCCUCUACCUCUCCGAGAACUGGAUCUGCUUCUACAGCAACAUCUUCCGCUGGGAGACACUGCUGACAGUUCGCUUGAAGGACAUCUGCUCCAUGACCAAGGAGAAGACAGCACGGCUCAUUCCCAAUGCCAUCCAAGUUUGCACUGACACUGAAAAGCACUUUUUUACUUCCUUUGGGGCUCGAGACAGGACGUACAUGAUGAUGUUCAGACUCUGGCAGAAUGCUCUGCUUGACAAGCCGCUGUGUCCCAAGGAGCUCUGGCACUUUGUGCACCAGUGCUACGGCAACGAGCUGGGGCUGACCAGCGACGACGAGGACUACGUGCCCCCCGACGACGACUUCAACACCAUGGGCUACUGCGAAGAAAUCCCGGUGGAGGAGAAUGAAGUCAACGACAGCUCCUCCAAGAGCAGCAUGGAGGCCAAGCCAGAAGCCAGCCCUCAGCUGCCAAAGAAAUCUGUCACUGCCAGCACCCUGACCUCCACGGGCAGCAGUGAAGCCCCAGCCUCGUUCGAUGGAGUGCUCCCAGAAGAGGAGGAGGCAGUGGCAGAGAGUCCUGUGGAGAAAGACCUUGGCAUUGCCAACAUCAUGGGAGAGAAGAUCGACAUCAUUGGCCCUGUGAACUCCCCCUCCCUGGACUUCAAUGACAACGAAGACAUUCCCACAGAGCUCAGUGACUCCUCAGACACCCACGAUGAAGGGGAAGUCCAAGCCUUUUACGAGGACCUGAACGGCCGCCAGUACGUGAACGAGGUGUUCAACUUCAGCGUGGACAAGCUCUACGACCUGCUCUUCACAGACUCCCAGUUCCAGAGGGACUUCAUGGAGCAGCGCCGCUUCUCUGAUAUUAUCUUUCACCCCUGGAAGAAGGAGGAAAAUGGCAAUCAGACCAGAGUGAUCCUGUACACCAUCACCCUCACCAACCCUCUGGCCCCCAAAACUGCCACAGUCACUGAGACUCAGACAAUGUACAAAGCCAGCCAGGAGAGCGAGUGCUAUGUCAUAGAUGCAGAGGUGCUAACUCACGACGUCCCCUACCACGAUUAUUUCUACACCAUUAACCGCUACACGUUGACUCGUGUCGCCAGAAACAAAAGCCGACUCAGGGUUUCCACAGAAUUGCGCUACAGGAAACAGCCCUGGGGGCUGGUGAAAUCCUUCAUCGAGAAGAAUUUUUGGAGUGGCCUGGAAGAUUAUUUCCGUCACUUGGAGAGCGAGCUGACCAAAACAGAGAGCACGUACCUGGCUGAGGUGCACAGACAAUCCCCCAAAGAGAAGGUGAGCAAGCAAUCCACGGUGCGGCGGCGGAAACGCGCCCACACCCACCUGAGGGUGCCACACCUGGAGGAGGUGCUCAGCCCCGUGACCACCCCCACGGACGAGGAGGUUGCCCAUCGAAUCAAGCACGUGGCAGGUUCCACUCAGACACGGCACAUCCCCGAGGAGAGCCCCGGUGGCUUCCACCUGCAGAGUGUCUCCAAGCUGCUCCUUGUCAUCAGCUUUGUGAUCUGUUUCAGUCUGGUGCUGCUGGUCAUUCUCAACAUGAUGCUGUUCUACAAGCUCUGGAUGUUGGAGUACACCACUCAGACACUGACAGCGUGGCAGGGCCUGAGGCUGCAGGAGAGGUUACCCCAGUCUCAGACAGAGUGGGCCCAGUUGCUGGAGUCCCAGCAGAAGUACCACGACUCAGAGCUGCAGAAGUGGCGCGAGAUCAUCAAAUCCUCCGUGAUGCUCCUGGACCAGAUGAAGGAUUCUCUAAUAAAUCUCCAGAAUGGCAUCGGGUCCCGGGACUUCGGGUCAGAUCCAGAGGAGAAAAGGAAACGUUUCCAUUAACAGGCAGGAAUGCAGGAGGCCAGAGGACGGUGUGCAAUAUGUGUAAAUAGGAUAUAUAAAUAUAUAUAUAAAUAUAUAUAUAUAUAUAUAUAUACAGAUAUAAAUAUAUAUAUUAUAUACAGAUUUUAAGAGAAAAAAAAAAAAGAAAAAAAGCCUAAAGAGGGGAAGGAGCGACCUCCAACACUGGCUGAACUGGAGGGUCUCUGGGAGUGUGGGGGGGGUGUGUGUGUGGGAGGGCUGUGCUCUCCCAGCACUGAGGUGUGCUCAGGGCCGUGCCCAGCUCUGCUCCCUGGGCUCGUGCACUGCUCCUCUGUAAUAUUCCUGUCUGUCUGUCUGUCUGUCUGUCUGGUCUGUUUCUGUUGUCUGAAAGGGAAGCAUCAGCGUGAGUGCCCCCCCUGCCCGUCCCCAUCCCGUCCCUGCAUGGAGGUUCCCUGCUUCACUCUGUUGAUCUCCCACAGGGGACACUGUCACCUCCCUCACCGUGCUGCCUUCGGGGCACAGAGGUUUGGCAGUCGCAGUCAAUCCCUUGCAAAACUGCUUUGGAGAGGAGGGGGAGCUGCUGGGGCUCUGUGGAGGGCAGAUCCCCCUGGCAGGCCCCUCCUGGGAGCAGGAAUUGCUGUCAGGGUGGCUCAGAGAGCAAAGCACAGAGCUGCAAUCCCUUCCACAAACCCCCCUGUGCUGCCUCCUGCCCUGCAUGCUGCAGUGAGAGCCAGGGCAGUGUCUGCCUCCCAGGUGAGUGGCACCUGUGACAGUGUCCCCUUGCCCUGUUCUCUGCUUUCUCUGUGCUUGGGCCCCUGCCACUCAGCCACCCCUGUGCUGCAGGUCUGCAUCGGUGCUGGAAUCACCAUGGUGGGAGGACCCAAAUUUCAACAGAAAACCAAAAUUAGGAUUGAUUUUCAAGCACUCCCACUACGCAGCUCAGCAAAUCUCUCCCCUGUUUGUUCACCCAGCCCUCGUCUUGUAAAAUCUGGGGGGAAACAGGGGGAAAAACAACAGCUUCCUUUCCUUGCCUGGGAUAAAUUUCCAUAAUUGUAUCUAUGCAGCAACAGCCAUCACUGUGGAUAUUUACAUGACUGCAUCUGUGGAGCAACAAGGCUUCCAAAAAUCCACGGGGAGGAAAGGAAAAAGGGCCCAUCCGAGGGUGGCAGGACAGAGCUGGCUGUGAGCACCUGAGGGGUGUCUCCAUCAGCUGGGUAGUGCAGCCCUGGGAGGCAGCCAGGUCAUAGAGCUGUGCUAAAAAGAACCCAGUGUGCAUUUUCACUUGUUCUGGGGGAUAAUUCCAAACCCCAUUAGCAGCCAGAUGGGGACGAGGGGCAGCUUGUGCUGUGCUGUGCAAUGCACAAACUCCACAGGGACUGGGGUGGGGGAGCAGGCUGCUGCUUCAAGUGUUUAAUAAAGGCUUUGGCCUCUUCCCCAGCCAGGUGGGUUAGGGAAUAUGAGUCCCACUUUGCCCAGCACUGGGGUUUUUCCACCUUCUGACUGGCAGGAGGGAGGCAGCUGCACGUUCCCAGUUUGGAAGUGGUGCAGUUGUAGCUCCUCCGGGAUGAAUAAUUGGUCUCACACCAUUCUGUAGCACAGAAUAUCCUCAGUGCAGCCUGAGGAAAACCCUCUAAGCUCCCACUUUCCAACCAGGGAGAGGCACUGGAUGCAGGAGUAAUUGCUGAUUUCUCCACAUGCCUCACAUGUGCAGGAGCAUGGAUGGAGCCAGGCUAUCAAAAACAUUCCAGACUCUGAAAGCAAAGUCCAGUUGGGGAAAACCAGAGAGUAAAGGCUAUUUAUGACUAUUUAUUUAAUUUAAUGCUGCUGACUACUGUACUGCUCCCUGACUUUCUUCCAGGGAGGCUGCUGAAAUGGCUGCUGUACCAUGAAAUUGAGGUGCUAGGGCCUGGAAAGGCCUUUCUGGGGCUCAUUUUCCCCACUGUGACUUGCCAGACUGUCCCAGAGUCCCCUUUCCCCUUUUAGUCACUCCCACAAUUACUAAGCACACAGAAUUCCCCUGCUGCUGCUGGAAUUCCCCUCUUCUAGAAUUUAAUUUCAAGCAGCAAGCAGGACGACCCAGAGGGAGCCCUGGGAUCCAGCCUGCCAGGAAAGAGGAGCUGGGGUGUGGGGUCUGCUCCCCCUGGAGACAGAGAAAUCAGAGAGGGUCACAGAGAAAUGCUGCUGAUCAGUGUGUGUUGCUCACAUUCGCUCUGUUAGGGGGGCAAAGAACCCUUUUUCUCAUCCUGAGUCCUUUCUGCUGUGCAGAUUCCCAGCUGCAGCCUCGGGAUGUUCCCUCAGGCCGGGCCCCAGGGACAGAGCUGCACUAGCUCUGUUAAAUCAGUGUCAGGCCAGGCACUGAAAUUUGUCCUACCUGCACAUUAAAGUGGGGUUUUAACCUGUUUGACACCUAUCCUGACACUCAGCAAUGUGAAAUCCCUCAGGAAGAGCACAAGGGCAGAACCUGGUGCUGCAGUGCCCUUCACACUGAGGGAGGUUUCUCUUUGAGGCCUUUGGGUUUUUUUCUAGUUAUUUCUUCUUCCCACUCAGCAGCCAGUCUGGUUUGGAGUUGGGAUGGGAUUCACAAUCUUGUUUUGCCUCUUCAUCUCUCACAGUAGUAAUAAAAAGGGGAAAAGCAAGGUCUUAAGGCACUGAGGGUGAGGGUUUAAAGAAAACCUUGGAGGGUUUUCACUUCUCUGGCGAGCUGGGUUAGGAAUCAGCUGCCCCUGAGCAGUUUCUUCUGGAGCCAGAGACAAUUUUGGAUUACAUUUCCUGGAGGGAUCAGUAACACUUUCUAGGAGUGAGAGGCCUGAAUCAUGUUACAGAGGGAACAGCACUCACAGCCAAGCCUGGCUUCCCCCAGCAGGGCUUUGCUUCUCCCCUUGCUCACUCAUCAGAAAUCCCCCUGGAUUCUUCCCACAGCAGGUGCACUUCCCCUCCCAGUCUGACCCUUCCACCUGCACAUCUGCUGGGCUUUGAUUUGCAGGAUCUGAACAACCACAAAAACAGGGAUUUUAAAAAAUAUUUUUAUUUUUUAAAAGGCAUUUCUCCAGCCAAGCAUGCAAAUGUAAUGCCAACAGCUUGUAGGCUAAUUCCUGCCAAGGAAUGUGCUUCCUAUUGGGAAGAGGGAGAAGGGGGAGCAGGAGGCUCUGAUCCACCAGUUUGUGACAUCCUCACUGAUCUUACCUUGGCACAACCUCACCCCUGAUAAAUACACACCUUAGCUUAGUUUAUCUUAGAGUUCUGGCAGUUGGGAUGAGUGGAUUUGAGUUCUGGAUAGCUGCUGUGCAAGCAGGCAUUCCCUGAGCAGAUACCAGAGCUUUCUACAGCAGCACCUGCCUGUGAAGUCUCUGAAGGACCAAAAACCAGGUUAUUCCAGGUGGUGAGCUGCCCAAGGCAGGGGCACUGCUGGGCCUGCACACUCCAGAUGGUAAAAAGGGGAAAUAGAGAUAGAGAGGCACUUGCAGUGGGGAGGAGUUAGCUGUGGUUAACAGGAUAAUGAGAUUUUUCUGGGUGCUCUGCACUCCAGGCACUCUUCAGUCACAAAACUGUGCCAUGAACCCUUCCUGCCUCCCUGAGUCCUUUGGGACAAGAGAGGCACAUGAUGUCCCCUGAGCUGCCUGUGUGACACAGAGGCUGCAUUUACACCUCUCCCUGUCUGCUGGGUGACACCUGACCCUGCUUGGAUAAUUCUGAUCUUAAAAACAGAAACCUCAGGCACAGGAAACAUCUCUAGUGCAGUGUGACCCUGGGCUGGGAGAGGAAAGGUUUCAAAGCACAAGGUUUUGCUGGAUUUAGAGCCCUGAAGGCACAAAACUGCCUCUGAGAUAACAGGGCAGGUACUGGGAGAUCCCCUCUAGGAAUGCUAAUCCUGGAGUGCUAAUCCUUAUCAGACAGCUUCAGCAGCUCACCUGGGUGUAGAUAAGGACAGACUUUUCAGCCUCCUUGGCUCCUCAGCACUGUCCUGUAGUCACAAAAGAGUUUAUUCUUACCUUUAUGCAGGAAGGUAGACGUUUCUUUUCCAGAGAGUGGCUGGAGACACUUUUGGUCAGGGUACUUGAGACCUUUUGGACCUGCUCUGGCGUGCUGCAGCAGCUGCUCUCCCCAGGAGCACAGAAACAAACUCCUGAUUUACAGCUGGAGCUGCCUGGUUCCACCUUACACAGAAAAUCAGCCUUAAAAUCACUGUUUAAAGCAGCAGUGCCUGCCUCGGGGUGGGGGGCAGCUCUGUCCUGCCUGCCCAGGCAGCUGCUGCCACCCCCAGCUCUUGACAGUUCAGUGCAGCAGAUUCUGCACUGCCUGCUCAGCUCCAAGGGGCUCUGCCCACGGAUCUCUGCCAGGCUGCUGCUGGCACGGUCCAUGGCACAGCCCCCUGGACUCUGGCUUUGUCUUUUCAGUCUCAGCACCACCAAAAAUACCUGCUAGGGGCUUGCUUAAAACACAGCUCAGAACAAAGACUCUGGAACCAAAGCCCCUGAGGGAAGUGGCUCACAGAACACCUGUACCAGCGUGGUUCAUGUUUCUGAUCUCUGUGGCUCACAGGACACCUGUGCCAGGGUGGUUCCUGUGCUGAUUUUCCAGCUUGUUCCCCACUGGACACACUCUGAUCUCUGUGGCUCACAGGACACCUGUACCAGGGUGGUUCCUGUUCUCUCUGUGGCUCACAGGACACCUGUGCCAAGGUGGUUCCUGUGCUGAUUUUCCAUCCUUUUCCCCACCAGGCACACUCUGAUCUCUGUGCUUUGCAGUCUCUCCAGCACGAGUCUCUGUGCCAUAAAACCUCUCUUUUUCUGGAUGUGCACACUGGCCAAAUACUCUCGUGUCUUGGGUGGCUGUGCUCGAGGCCAGGUCUAGGCAGACAGCAUGGGCUUCUCAGCACGGAUCCGUGGCAUGCCACACCCUCCUCCUCUCCCACACGUUUUGCAGUGCUUGCUCUGGCUUUUCCCUGUCCCCUGCCCCCUCUGCUGCUGGACAAUCAUUACCUGUGUCAUAGAUGGUCUGACCUGGUGCUGUCCCUGCCUGCCUCCCCCUCCCGCAGUCUGUAUGCUCUUCAAGUGAAUGUGUUUUAUUUUAUUUUGUUUUUCAGUAGGGAAAAGGACUUCCUUCUGCUGAAGGAAUUAUAUUUGCACAUGGCUCGGGGGGGUUCCUCCUCUGGCCGUUUCUGUUACCUCACUCAUUUAGGCCAAUUCCAUUGCUAACGUUAAAGGCCACCUUCCCUGACCCCGACCCCGCCAGUAGGUAGGGAAUGAACCCCGAUGUGCAUCCCAGUGGAAUUGGGGUGUGGGAGAGCAGCUGUUACAGCUCCAUCCAGCAGGGAGGUGGAGCCUGUGCCGUGCACGUCAUCCUCAUCUCCACAUUCCCACCUCCUGGGAAAUGGCCCUUGGAGAGCAGGGAUGGAAGCACCGACCUGGCUCUGGGCUGGACGCGGAGGGAGGGAAGAGCAGCAGAGCAGUGGCAGCAUCACAACCUCCCACGAGCAGCCUGGCGUGGCCGUGGCACCUCUGGGGCGUCACCAUUCCAGUGGGAUUUCAUCUCCCACCACGUGCUCCAGGGCUGGAGAAAGCUGCUAAAACCCUGGGGCGUGUUGUCCCCACCUGUUUCCUGUGAUUCUUGUGCACAAGUGAUGAUCAAGGAGGGUCUGCUCUCCUCAGCCUACAACCACCAGAGUGCUUCCCUGCUGGAAUCCCUCCAGAGCCCGGGGAGCAGGGGGCUGAUGGCUGAGGUGACUCUGGGGUGGGUGGGGGAAGGAUUGUGGGUUUGUUUUAGGAGUUGUCCCAACUGUCAGAAACUUUGCGCUGUGCGCAAAAAAACAAAAAACAAAAAACCACCACACACAAAAAAAAAAACAACCCGCGGUUGAAAACGAUACUGGAACGUACGUGCUGGAAUGUAGGAAUUGUACAGGCUCUGCAGCCAAACUCCGUGUAAGUAGUUAGUACCAUGGAAGUACGGUAUCAAUUAAAAAAUCUAUCCAACAA